AUGCCAUCUCAACUAGAUGAUUCCCCUCCUCCCGUCCCGGGCCAAUUGACGGCACCAAGCCAGGAGGACCUCGCCAACGUCCCCAGCGAAGUAGUCCGACUCCUCGACUUCCUGCGAACCGGCGAGCAGGACCUGCAGUUCCUGACCGACCUUCGAGACGAGCACAUCGCCGACCUCGAGCGACAGCCAAUCGUGCUGCGACGAGUGGAUAGCGUGAAGGAGGGCGCGGGGAAGGCACUCGGGCAGGUCCGCCAGGUCGUCGACGGAGGUCUGGACAAGGUCCGCCAGAGCAGGUCGGCGUUCCGCAAGAGGAGUGCCAGGAAGUUCGCCGAGUCGGCCGAGUUCCGCAGCCAGGAGGCCGUCGUCACGAGGCACCAUGCGGCCAUCCUCCGCGAGCUGGUGCAUCUGCGCCAGCUCGCCCUGCGGAGCCCAACCUCGGGACAGAGAGACCAGCAGUCCAGCCGCGAUAGUGUGGUGAGUGCAGAGUCGGACGGUCCAAGAUCGAUACGGAGCUUCUCGACGACGAGCUCCAAGACGGACAGGCCCAAGUUUGAUAACAUAGGGCUCCUGGCAGAUCUCAUGGGCGAUUCCGGAUUGACAGAUUCUAAACCAGCCUUGCCGCCGCGGUAUUCGGCCAUCACAAGGUCGACAUUCCCUCUGGCAGAGAUGCACGGCAACUCAGGCCACCGAACAGACAGCGUAUCAUCAUGUCCUCCGAAUAGCUUCGCUGCAUAUGGAAAAGGCCCGAUCCUAGAUCCCGUCGAGCUGAGUGCGGAGCCGAAUACAGACUCUGGCCCGGUUGAGCUGCCCGGAGACAUCCCAACCAGUCCACCAGCAAGACCCGUCUCUACACCCUCGGCAACUGAUGACCCUGAAAGAAAGGGCACACCUUCAUCAGAGCCUCCCACGUCGCCUCUCCCCCAAUCCGAGACACGCCCAGAUGGACCAUCGCGUUCCAUUACUUUCGACCCGACAGACGACGGCGAUCUGCAGCCCUUCUCGCCGCUGGAUGACCUCACACCGUUCAUCCAGCCACCCCCGGUUGUCGAGGAAAAGCAAGUCGUCGAAGACGGAAGCUUCUUCGGACCGGCGUCGAUCAGCGUGUACGAAGAGAAAGAGGUUGUUGUUCGGCACAGCCAGCGGAAGAAGUCUUCGCAUCGCAUUCUACUCAACGAGCAAGACAGGGCCGGGCUUGCCCUACUCAUGGGGGAUGACACGGGAUAUUCAGGCCACUCGGUUGCCCACAGGUCAUCCGCGGUGUCACUGGUAUCCCUCAGUUCACAAGCAGGAACUUCCAUCACAUGGCCAAGCCCAUCUGUGGGCGAGCAGGCUUCGAUGAUCCCACCAGUCCCUACCCAGCCGCCGCCACCUCCUCCAGCUCCGCCCGUACCGCCAAAAGUUCCCCAUGGGACCAUCCCAAGAAAACCCACGCCUUCACAAUCCAGCUCUACGACAUCGCUGCCUUCUCAAAAGCAGAGCCCGGCCUCCGGUGCUGGCGAGAACGUAGCGCCGGCCGUCAUGCCGCUCACAACAAUUCCCCCGGAGCUCUUACUUGGACAACUUACCACCUCCCGAGGCCAACUGCAGACAGUCCCUGCUAUUGUUGUCCAGAAAGCAUCGCCCUGA